GCAGUGAGUGCAGGCGUGGGCUGGCCUGCGACCGGCACGCGUUAUCUGCCCAGGACUCGCAGAUCAGCCGCGUCGCUGUUUGCCGGGCUCCUCAUGUUUGCCUUGCACAAUCCGCACCUUUCUAGAUAGAGUCGCUCACCCGCUGGUGUUGCAGUCCAUUUGUCGGUGCCUCACAUCUGGUCGGCGCACACGACAUGUUGCAGACGUUCUGCGGACGUUACUCGCUAAAGACAGGCGCCUUUAUGUUUGGGAUAUUUUUUACGGUAAAUUCGAUGGUCCAUCUCUUCGUGGGCUUCUUCUUUUUCAUCAGUAAAACACGAUUCUACAAAGACGAAAUUCCCUUGGGCCUGGCUGCCGGUAGCCUUGCUGUAGGAGCAGCUCAGAUGUUUGCCAACGUUGCCCUUGUCGAGGGCGUCAUGAAGCGCAGCCGAUGCCGGCUGGCGGUGUGGGAGGUGACGCACUCGCUGCUGCUGGCCGCCUACGCAGCCGCCGCGGCCGCGCUGUGGGCGACCCUGCUCGACACGGCGCAGUUUCCCGUCUUGCGCAGGCUGUGCCCGCAGGUGGUCGCCACGAUGCUCGUACUCCUCUCCCUACACGGAGCUCUACAAGUGUACGCUCUGAUAGUUGUCGAGUCCCUCCGAAGGAAGUUCUUGCUGGAGUCGCCGCCUCCGAGUAUGGACGUCGCUUACAAACGACUGGAGCGAGACUAGAGCGUCUUCUCCAGCAUGUCAUCAGUUACAAGCAAAGACAUCAUAACUGGACAAUGGACCAUUACUUUCAGAACAUGAAAAUAGCUUCUGCCAACGUUUGUGUGUGUGUGUGUGUGUGUGUGUGUGUGUGGUUCUUGCAGUUACAGCGUCAAGUUAUCAACCUAAUGUGUACAGAUAUACAUAUAAAUUCAUCUAACAUGAAUCUCACUAACCAAUAGUCCCACAUUUUUUUUUCUUCUGCGAAGAUCAAUAUAAAUUAAAUAUCAAGGUUGCAGAUAUUUUUUAAUGCACUGGGCGGUCGGUUAACACGUUACUUACUCUCAUUGACGGAGUCUCUUCUAUAUUCAUAAUUUUCUCGCAAUAUGUGUUUCGUAAAAUUGCCUCAGAAAUACGAGUUUGAUGUGAUUGCUAUACGAAAGUGCUUGUGACUGCAAUUUCCACAAUAGUAGUGACGCCAAGGUUAUAUUAUACUUGUUGAUACAAAACUUUAUCGAAAAAUUUAGCAAAUCCAGCUUUACUCGAUACACCGAAAACUGUCAAUGACACUUCUCUGCAUUAUUGCCUCUGAAUGUGAGUAAACAUCUUUAAGAUCGGCAGCUAAAAGCUUUCUUCUGAGAGAAGAGUUUGGUAUCAAACGGUCGGUUCUUGUGUUGGAGAUGAUAGUCAAAGAUACAUCUGUGGCUCUAUGACAUAUGCUCAAGGCACCUCAACUGGUAUUUGGUCCGAAACCAUAUACACACAUUUUUAGAAUUUAAAUUAGUCGGUUAUCGUAUAAGCUUCCCGUGUACGGCGAUGUACUUUCACUACAGAGGAAACACUUCCUAUCUAUCGACGAUCCUGUAGACAAAUGUCUCGAUGUUCCUUUACACAUCUGUAUUUGUAGGGGGAUCUCUUUCUUAUAAUUUUUUUUAAAUGGAUUCGUGCGCUAUCGACUGUGAUAUAUAACCCAUCCAACUUGUACCAAUGUGGUACGUCACCAAGGCUGACAUGAGCCAUAGGGGUUCACAUCAUUUACAUUGUUUUUAUUAUUGACUACUGCUGUGUUUUCAGCACCUAUAACGUCUUGAAAUUGACCUAAAAUCGAAGUUGCAGUAGUCGAUGUCGUAAUAAAUAGCACAGUUAAGGGUGAAUACAGUCAUUUAAAAGUUUCUACUUUAUGCUAAUGCCAUUAAAAUUAAUCAAACUACCUAGAAUUAACAUUUGUUUUCAACAGACGAAUGAGUACGUUUACAAAUGAAACAAGUAACAGUCAAUAAUUUGGUGUAUGGCAAUGAUGUAACAAGUUUUGGAAAUAUUAACCUUGCUGUUUCCUUUGCCUUUCAAGAUUCGGAUAUUUAUGCAAAAGGAAUGUCUGCAAAGGGGUACAUUCGUUGUGUUAUUACUAAAGGGAGAUAACACGGACAGUUUCGUAUGAUUUUGGUGCACUGAAAGUGGUUUUCAGAUGGUGUCAAUUUUGUUUUAUAGAGAGGCGUGAAUGAUACGAUAACAAAUAUAGCAAGAGCAACGGUUGCUAGUUUUGUUGAUUUCUACAUAAAAAUAAAUGAUAACAUAAAAGAAAAAUUAAAGAACUGUAACUAAAAUAAUAAAGUUCAUCUCUUCGUACGUUACAAGAAAGCCCGUUUUAAAUAAGCUUCAAUUGGAAAUGAUUUGAAGAGGAAAUAUGUCUUUAUACUGCAUCGUGCACAAUGACUGAAAAUCUUCAUGGACGUAGAGAAAUCAUCAAAUAAAAUGUUAUUUGCGGCAAUAUUUUGAGACGUGAGGGUUUGUCUUACAAGAAUCUGAAGAAAUGUGAGAGUCUUGGUUUGUGAACCACAGUUACUGUUUUCAGGAAGCGAUGUUUGCAGAUUUGUCGCCUGUUUGAUUUUACAUAUUGAGUAACCACAACAUUUUGAAUAUUGUUUGAUUUUAUAUAUACUGAGUAACCGCAACAUUUUGAAUAUGCAUCUGAACACUUUUUGUACCUAUAUUUUGUAAAAAAAAUGUAAAUAAACAGUAACAAA